AUGGCCUACCUCUUCUACACCCUCCUCUUCUUCUUCCUCGUCGUCGCAACAGCCCUCUACGCCACCCGCACCAUCUGGAAACCCCACGCUCCUCCAAUCCCCUACAUCACCGCUCCCGGCCCCAUUCCCGAUUUCCUCUACAACCUCUCCUCCAACCUCACCAACUUCAUCGAUUCUUACCGCUACUCCCGCGUCCCCUCAAAUUUCCACGAGGACGCCGAAGCUGGACUUCACUCCUCAAACUUUGAUCUGGCGGGGAACAUUGAAGCCGAAGAUUCAAGGAGAGGAUUGGACGAGGAUGCCAAGAGGGAAGUCUACAUUAUCAUGAAGAGGAGGGGAGUCGGGUUUGAUGAGGCGCGGAGAUUGUGGGUGGAGAGGAAGUUUGGGAGAGAGGGGAUUGCCGCGGAUGGGAGACCGUUGGAUCGGAAGGCUGUCAUGUUCAGUUGA